AUGAAAUUCAUAUAUGGAAUCUUAUUUGAACCUUUGGAUCGAGUCAUUGAUUUAGAACAAGAACAACAUAAUCAUACACACACCACCAUUUCACAUUCCUCACACCAUUUGGCCUCUCGCUACAGAAAAAGAUUAGGAGAAUUUCCACCAGUCUAUCCCAAUGGAUGGUUCAAAGUUUGUAAUUCAUGGGAAUUGAAACCUGGACAAGUCAAAUACGUGAGAAUGUUAGGUUUGGAAUUGGCACUAUAUCGAGGAGAGAAAUCUCAUCGAGCCUAUGCCUUAGAUGCGUAUUGUACUCAUUUAGGUGCUAAUUUAACUGUGGGUGGUCAAGUGCAUGGUGAGUGUUUGACAUGUCCAUUUCAUCAUUGGUCAUUUAAGGGUGAGAAUGGUCAAUGUGUGUCACUUGGUAACAUUCCGAUUGAAAUGCCAAUGAUUAAAAAGAAUGGAAAAUUAGUACAACAUUUACAGGUGAGAGAUGAUAGUUUUCAAGAUUGUCAAAAAGUAGAAUAUUGUGAACAUCGAGAUGUUGCUGCUCAACUCAAUGAGAAAUCUACUACUCCAAAGGAUAUUCUGAUCCAAACAACAACAACAAAUACAGAAGAACACAAACACUCACAGAAUUCAAAGAUACCAUCUCAAGCCAACACAAAGAGUUACAUUUUAGAAGAAAAGAAUGAUCAAAUCUAUUUAUGGUUUGAUGCAGAGGGUCGACCACCUCAUUGGAAAGUACCAUCAGUGAGACCUAAUUUGAAAACUCAUGGAAAGUUAGCACAUCAUAUCUAUUGUCAUAUUCAAGAAAUUCCAGAGAAUGGACCUGAUGCACCACAAGAAAUGAAAUACACAUUUGGAUGGAUUUGGAAUAUUUGGGGUGCCAAAUGGCAAAAAUCAACUCUUGAACAUCAAGAUCAUAUUGCCUAUUUCCAAGUGCAACAUGUCUCAACAUUUAAUGAUCUAUUCAACAUUCCAUUCAGUGUUGUUGAUGUCAAUGGAGGUCAAUACGGUCCAGGAAUUGUCAUGUUUGAAUUUUCAACACCACUUGGUAGUUUUGAUUUAAUUCAAACAGUAACUCCAGUCGGUCCAUUGCAUCAACAUGUAGAACAUGUCAUUUAUUGCCCAUGGUUCAUUCCAAGAUGGUUGCAAAAUGGUUUUUAA